UGACGUGAUUCGAAUCAACGGUCAUCUAUGUAUUAUUAAAUUGAUAUAAAAUAUCGAUGUUUUAAACUGGAAAACACAACUUACCGAUAACCAUUUUGAAAAAGAACCUUCCAGUAUAGAAUGAUAAGCCGAGAGUGACAACUGUCAGUCUUGAAAUCGCAGUUCGGCCACAGUAAUAAAUACAUGAUUUACGUUGUUUCUAAACUCAAUUUAUAAUUAGUAAACAAGUGUGAGUUUGAACCGAAUAUGGAUAAGUCAAUAAUUGAUAUGCCGGGAGAAUUGGUUUUUCAGAGUUUUUCCACAGAAGUCGGGUCGAUUCCUGUCAAUGUGGAUGAACAUCCGCAGCGAGCCGGCCCGACGGAGGGGGUCGAAAGCUCUCCUGAGCCUAAAGUGUCCGUAUGGCAGUUGGAAUUUUACAAGAAACUCUUCGACGUCGACACUGAAGAAGUUUUGCACCGGCUCCGAUGGUCUUUCGUCCCGUACGGCAACUUCCUGCAGACCUGCGUCAAAGACAAGCCGGAUCUCUACGGGCCGUUUUGGAUUUCAAUGACCUUGAUAUUCUCGAUGACAAUCACAGGGAACAUCGCUGACUAUUUCCAGUCUUCUUUGGGAGAGGAUCGACACUGGAAAUACAAUUUCCAUACGGUCACGACAAUAGCGAUGGUCAUAUUCUUCUACUCCUGGCUGCUACCCUGUGUCAUCUGGGCCUUCUUGCACUGGUACGGGUCAAGUCUUGAAAAACUCAAGUUGAUGCAGAUCAUCUCAUUGUACGGCUACUGCUUGUUUAUAUUUGUACCUCUCUCAGCGCUUUGGCUUAUUCCUAAACAGUGGUUUCAGUGGAUUAUCACAAUGUCGGCGGCAACUGCAUCGGGUCUAGUUUUGAUGAAAGCCAUGUUUCCAGUUUUUACAAAGAAAAUGUAUCCAGUUCUAUUCUUACUCUUUUUCCUACAUCUCUGCGUUGCUUCAGUUUUUAUGUUGAAAUUUGUGAAAGUGUCCACUGUAUAUCAAGAACCUAUUGCAUCUCAUAAUAAUUCUUCAUUAAGUGGAUAAAUUAUGCUUGAUUUGUUUUUUCUUUCAUUUUUAAAUAAAAUAAAAUCGUUUUCUAUUUUGUAAAUAUAAUUUUUGUAAAAUAAUGUAAUUAUACAAUAAAUAUAUUUUGUAUUUUUUUUCUUU